AUGGUGGAAUCAGAGGUCGUGGAACACAGUCCGCACGUGCCCUGGGACACAAUCGCUGGACUCACAGAGGCGCGGUCGAUUCUGGAGGAAGCGGUGGUGCUUCCGCAGGUGAUGCCGGAAGUGUUCCAAGGAAUUCGCCGUCCGUGGAAGGGAAUUCUCCUUUUCGGCCCCCCCGGAACGGGCAAAACCCUCCUCGCCAAGGCCAUCGCGACGGAGUGCCGCACGACGUUCUUCAGCGUGUCGGCGUCGACGUUCGCCAGCAAAUGGCGCGGCGAUUCCGAGAAAUUGGUCCGGCUUCUCUUCGAAAUGGCGCGAUUUUAUGCGCCCAGCACCGUUUUCAUCGACGAAGUCGACGCUUUGGGCGGCAAACGAAGCAUGGCCACCGACUCCGACGCCUCUCUCCGCGUCAAAUCCGAGCUCCUCGUCCAGAUGGACGGACUGGCGCCCUCCCAGACGCCCUCCCGCGGGACUGUGACCGUUCUGGCGGCCACGAACUUCCCGUGGAAUCUCGACGACGCGCUGCGCAGACGCUUCGAAAAACGAAUCUACAUCCCGCUGCCCGACGCGGCGCAGCGGCGCCAGCUGUUUGAGAUCAAUUCCCGCGGGAUUUUGCUCUCGGAGGACGUGGAUCUGGAGGUGUUGGCGCGGAAGACGGAGGGGUACAGCGGCGCGGACGUGACGUCGAUUUGCCGCGAUGCGGCGAUGAUGUGCGUGCGGAGAGUGGUGCAGCGACUGAGGGACAAUGGGACGGCGGGGGAGGAGUUGCAGAAGCAGCUGAGGGAGGAGGCGGAGGGGCUGAAGCAGAGUCCUGUGACGCAGGCGGACUUUUUGGAGGCGCUGGGGAAAGUGUCGAGCUCUGUGGGAGCGCAGGAUCUGCAGAAAUUCGAGGAUUGGAUGAAGGAAUUCGGGUCAGCGUGA